ACCUGCAAUGCAAUGCAGUGAUGUAGGGUAGAGAGGAGACAUGUAUUUAGAUUAUGGUGAAAUCUGACACGCCAAGCGUAAUAAUUUACCUUAAACUCAAGACAAGACUUUCGGUAGGAUACGUCUGUUUUCAGCUGAAUUCGCUCUAAACAACGCGGACGAAAGAUUAUUUGAAGUGAUCUGUAUUGCCGGGGAGGAUUUUGGCAUUGAGUGUGAAGCUAGCUAGCUAGCCAGCCAGCUGUUUCGAAAGAAGGCUUGAGCGAGUUCUGGCAGCAGGUUCGACAGAUGCAUUCCUGAUUGUCUAGCGCAAGCCUCCAUAUAGGCACGAUGGAGGAGUCGGACAUGGAGCAGGUGUCCCUGGCCCUCAUGGAUGCGGCCAAUGACAAGGACCCUGUGGUCCAGGAACAGGUCAGGAAGUCCAUGUUGACCCUGGGGAAACAACAGCCUGACAAAAUCCUGUCCAUGUGCCAGGACUACCUGGUGAAACACCCCAAGCUUGCAGUUGGGCAUAGAGUGGUCAUACUGCAGACCAUUGAGCUGGUUGUAAAGUUCAAGAUUGAUGAGAUAAGCUACCCGAAAAUCAAAAGCAUAAUUUCCCUGGCUUCCGACGAGAUGACCAGGUCAAAGGAGGUGGUACCUGAUUGGCAACAGGCAGCUAGCAAUAUCUUGGUUGCUGUGGGCAAUAAGCAUAUCAAUGACAUAAUGGAGGAAAUCCUCAGCAAAUUCCAGCCUGGGGUGUUGCCUCAUUUCUUUGUGGUCCAAACAUUAGCAAGUCUCUCUGAUUCUAACGUCUAUGGCAUGGUGCCUUUCCUCAAUGCCAUCCUGGGCACCAUGUUACCAAUGCUGAGCAUGGCCAAGCAAGACAACAUGAAGUUGGUCUUCUCCUCAGCCUUGUGUCGCUUCAGUGAGAGUAUUCUGGAGUACCUAGCAAACCUGGACAAGGCCCCUGACCCCACGGUUCGGAAGGACACCUUCUCCAGUGAGAUCUAUGCCGCCUAUGACAUCCUCUAUGGCAGCUGGCUGCAAAGCAGGGAGACCAAGCUGCGUCUGACUGUGGCAGAAGCUCUGGGACCUAUGAGUCACCUGAUGGCCCACGACAAGCUGGAGGAACUACUUCCCAAACUCAUUCCCGCAACCCUCUCCCUCUACAAGAAAACCACUGAGCAUUACGUCAUCAGCAAGAGCCUGUGCCAGAUUCUGGAAGCUUCUGUGAACAUGGGAAGCCGGGUGCUGGAAACGCAGAUGGACAAUCUGCUGUUAGCACUGCACCAGCAGGUGUGUGCACCCGUGGACUACAGCAACCCCCCAACUGUGAAAAACCAUAAUGAGGCUCUGAGGUGUUUCAGCAUUCUGGCUAACACCUUUCCGGACCGCUUGACUGUGUUCGUCCUUCAGAAACUGGAGAACACCAACGAACGCAAUCGCGUAGGCUCCCUGGCUGUUCUGAGACACCUCAUCAACUCCUCCUCUUCAAUCAUGGAGACUAAGAAGCCUGUUAUUCUCACCAGCAUCAAACAACCAUUACACGACCACAGCAACAAGGUGAAAAAGAUGGUUGUUCAGGCGAUCAGCGCCAUGGCUCACCAUGGUUACCUGGAGUUAGAUGGUGGAGACGUCCUGGUCAAGUUCAUUGUACAGCACUGUGCUCUCCCUGACACUCAGCCUGGGCGUCACCCCUUGGACCCAGAGGAAGUGACCAAUGAGGCGCUGCGGAGCAUGUGUGAGAACACCCUGCAUCUCUUCACCACCACCGUUGGCCGACUAGCUGAUGUUUUGUGGCCCUCUCUGUUGUGCUACCUGACCCCAGUACAGUACGCAAAUGCAACCACACCUCUAUGCAAGAGUCUCAUCCUGCUGGGCAACAAGAAGAAGGCUGCACAGGAGUCCAGCUUCAUCAUCGACUUCAACGAGCAAACCUAUCUUCCUUCACCCUACAUUCUCCUGACUAGACUAUUAGUGAAUGCCGCAUUUCCUUUUCGGGGGAGAGGCCAGGGCCCUCCUUCCUUAAGCCUGCUGAAAGUCCUGAGCCCCAACAUCCAUCCCAACACAGAGAAGGUGUGGGACACGGAGAUCCCCCAGCUCCUGAGCUACCUGGAAGACUGUACAGUGGAAUCAUUAAACAGAAAGCCGUGGGAGGGAAGUCUUCUUGAGUUCUUGUCCAAAACUCUGGUGGCCAUUGACGAUGACAAGUGGAGCUGUCGGUUGGCCAUGGAAGCAACACGUUAUCUCCCCACCUAUAACAGCUCCCUGGAGGAAAAGAGCUUUCUCUACAAGCUCAUCGGCGUCACUCUGCAGCAGUGCUACAACAAGGACGUUGUCAAGAAGCAACUGCAAGAUGUACUCAUGGGCGCGCGUCACCAUUAUGCCAUUGAAAGAUCGGGAGUUGCCAUGGGGGUUGGCCUGUGUGCUAGCAGCCAUCUUGACGGCACUUUAGCAAAGCUGGAGGAGUUUGGGAAAUCAGAUGUCUUCAAGAAAGCCUCAGGAAUAUUCGGCCUGCUCAAAGACAAGAACGAUGUGGAGGUGGAGAAAAUGAAGAGCACGCUGAUUCUGUGCUAUGGCUAUGUGGCGCUGUAUGCCCCUGAGGACCAGAUUCUGGGCCGAAUCGACUCGGACAUCCUGAAGAGCAUCAGCAAGCACUUCAACACUAAGGUUCUGGGAAUAAAGGUAGAGACCAAGGACCUGACAAUGAAGCUCAGUCUGAUUGAGAGCGUGGGCCUGAUUGCCCAGGCCAUCAGCACCUGUGUGCGCCGACAGGGCUACCUGUUCACCCGCAAGCAGGAGCUCAUGGGCGUCAUGAUGGAUUUUAUCAAAAAUGAGCCAACGGAUUUGAUGCGUACUCCAAUUCGUCAUUUAGCUAUGACUACGUGUGCCAACCUCAUAAACCUGGACCCCAUUCUGACGGAGAGUGAGAAUUUUGACAUGCUGCGUGCCUGUCUGAACAGCGUGUAUGGGCUGCCCCCUGUGGAGGCCCCUGACCGUGGCAAAGAGGAGGAGGUGCUGGACCCCCAACAGAAGGAGGCACUUUAUACAGACACGUUCAUUGCGCUUCAGGAUCUGUUGAAGAAUGUGCUGGCUCGAGAUCUGAGCCCGGACGGACUUCAGAGUGUGUUCAAGCACAUAGAGGUGUGGCUGAGCUCAGGGCGUGACUACGAGCGAGAGAGGGCAGUGAAGACCAUGGCUGAGAUCCUGGACUUCUACCUGGAGAGUCUUAACGUCAAGAACAUGGUGUCCUUCCAUAACCUGGGGGCUCUGCUGGGGCGCCUGGGUCCCCGCUGCACAGACCCCAGCCCAGUAGUGCGUCGGGGAGCAAUAGACUGCAUCUACAAUCUUCUGUACAUCCAGCUGCGCUACGAAGGGUUUGCCUUGGACUACAAGGACGAGUCGGUGGAGAGCCUGGUAACCCUGCGUGAGAAGCUGAACAACCCUGACCACGCGGUUCUGUAUCGGACCUGCUCCGAACUCACCAAGAUCAUCAGCAAGCGCCUGCCUCAGCAGCAGCUGAACACGCUGAUCUUCAUGCUGUUCGAGGGGCUGGUGGACUCCCAGUCCAACUGUUCCCGUGCCUCCAGCGUGAUCCUCAACACCCUGCUGAAGAACCGGGGAGCCGGCCUGCAGGAUCUGGUGCCCGAGAUGCUGGAGGUGCUGCACAUCCGGCUGCAGGUGAUCUCCGAGGAGCAGGUGAAGGUGGCCGUGGCGCAGUCCAUCCUCAUCCUGGCCACCCAGCACCUGCAGACCGUCGUCAACACGCUCAUCUCCUACCCCCUGCCCUUCGACAGCUGGAGCUGUGAGAUGUGGAUCGCACUCGGUGCUGACAGCACGCUGGCCUCUCAGAUCAUGGAGUUAAUCAUAGAGAAGCUGAACGUUAUGGUGCCGUAUGUGGACAAGAAGGAGUCCAUGCUGAGGUCCGGCACCACCAAAGUGGCUACCAGUCACCCCUUAGCUAUGACCUGUGCCCUGCGGGAGAUGAUGCUGAACGGUCAGACGCUGGAUGCAGUAGCAAACCUGUUUCCACGGCUCUUCAGUGCCAUUUUGGUAAGGCUGGGCUCUAGCGUCGGGGUCCAGCUGCCCAAAGACAUCAACAGCAACAGCAUCGGCCCUGAGAGGAAGACAGCCGUCAAGCCAUCAGCCUCAUUUGAUGUGUGCGGGGUUGCAGUGGAAGCGAUGCGGAUCCUGUUGGCUCGUGCUCAGCUGGACGAGGUGGUGAAGCCGCUGGAUACGGAAGAAGCCUGGGAGAAAAUGAAAGACCCCCAACAACACGUGGAGGGGAUCACUCUGCUGGCCAGGUCCAUGGCAAAGCAUGCAGGACCACGCCUCCCUGCCAUUGUGGAGAGCCUGUGCCCAUCUCUCAACAACAUUUACGAGUGUCAGAGGAUCACUGUGACUGCAUUCUUCUCCGAGCUGCUGAACCACCACGUUGUGACGGAGCUGAUGAUGAUGGACGUUCUGAUGAACAACAUGAUGGAGCGAAUCUCGGACCCGUGUGGCACCGUGCGCAUGCUGGCCAUCAGGGGACUGGGAAACAUUGCCGUGGGCUCCCCCGAAAAGGUUAACAAGUACGCCAAGGAGCUGCUAGCAGCUAUGAGUUCGGGAAUGGAGGAGAAGGACGACCCUGGGAAGCACAUCACCCUGGAGGCCAUGUCUGGCCUGUCCAAAGUCCUGCUCUACCUCGACAAGAAGAAUGUGCAGUUGCUGGUGGUUUACAUCUUCAUGAAAAUCAAGCCCUUCCUGGAGAGCGACAACGACGAGAUCAGAUGUGCCUCCAUCACACUACUGGGUAACCUGUCCAAGUUUGGGUCAGGAGAACCUGUCUUCAGGGACCAGAUUCACAAUGUUCUGGUCAGCCUGCUCCUGCACCUCAGUGACCCCAGCCCGCAAGUUGUCAAGGCCUGUAAGUACGCCAUGCGUGUGUGUGCUCCGGUGGUGGGCUCAGAGCAGAUAACCUCCAUGUUUCAGAAUCACCUGCACGAGGACAAAGGCUUGCACUAUGGCGAGUUCAUCAAUGACCUCACCAAAUACAUUAUUCAAGACUUCCCAGGCAUGCUCAACUUCUACCACAUCACCGUUAUCCAGUUCUUCAAAAGCAACUGGGCUGAGGUUCGAGCUAGCGCCGCCAUGUUUAUCGGUUUUCUUUUAGGAAAUCUUCCAGAGGAGUACUUCUCACAUAUGAAUAUGGGGAGUCUCACAAAGGGUUUGGUUCAGCUGCUCCAGGAUCCCGACCCUCUUGUUCGAGCAAAGGCAGCCGAGGCUAUGGGACGGUUCCACUGAAACCACCGACUGACCUGUCUGUAGUCUCCUAAGAAACAAAAAUAAAAAAAAAAAACAAUUAUAGCGUCAUACUUGAAUCACCCCUCUAAGAGUUUAGUGACCAAAGACUGUGUACUGCGCCUUUCCACCAUUCUCAAGCUGCGGCAGCUUCAUCCUAGCCUUAUCGGAGCUGUGUGAAGUAGUGAUAUCUCUCUCUUCUGUGAUUUUCAGCAGUGAUAGGGCAAGUGUGCCAGAGGUAGAUGUGUGUAGGCAAUAGGACUGCUUUAGAUGCAAUCUGUAGAGGUCUGACUUCUGUUCGCCCACAUGGUAAAAAUGUCAUAGCUGACACCUCUGCAUAUUGUCCUUAGUUCAAUAUUAAAGAUCUUUCUGCCUGCUCUAUCUUGUCUUCCCUACUUUACCUUCUCCACCCGUUUUCUUUGUCCCAUUCCUCCUUCUCCCUAUCCCCCCCCCCCUCUCCGCUGUCUUCCUACCUUGCUUUUUCCUUUUUGCUCACCUUCUUCCCCCCUCCACCUUGCCUUCAGUCACGCAUGUGUAGGUGGAAUAAGUUCUAUUGGGAUCAUUGGGAUCAGUUAGCAUUAACUAAUAUCUGAUCCGCAGGAAGUUAGAUCUUGAGAAAGUGUUGUGGGAAUUGAAUCCAGCAUUGUUUUGCCUGAAGAGACAGAUGUCUUCUCUGAUGUGUAAGUGAGCGACCUCCCCAUAACAAAGUGACUUUCAGUUGGGAGACGUCCAUAGGGCAGGCUGCUGCAGCAGAUCGGCUGACUGCAUCCUAAUGUAGCACUGCAAAUGCAUCCAGCACCCGACCCGAGGCAGUAAAUGUAGGCAAAAUGGACGUUCCUGUGGAGACGUCAUGUCAAGUGCCAAAUGAGACUUAAGAGGCUUCGGCGGAGAUGACGCAAUAAUGUCUUAUGCUCCUCUUAUCCCCUGUAUACCCCCUUUUUGUCAUUCUGUUUCCGUCCAGAUUGGAUUGCACGUGCACUACUGCUUGAAUUUUGUCUGCAAGAGUUAUAUUUUCCAGAUGAAAUUGCCACAUCCGUUCCUCCCUGUACGGUACUUUUAGAUAUUUGUUACAUUAAGUGGGAGUGAUUGGCUACGCCUGCUCUGCCUGUCACUCGCCACUGUGAGUAUUGGUUGCCUAAAACAUCUUCUAAUCACUGUAUAGUAUGUUGCACUACACAGUACACAGUCUAUUUCCUCCUUAGAAAUGACAUAGUGUUCUAUAAAUGUAUUUAUCUGUGGUGUGGGCAGGUGAUCCGUUAACUCUUCGUUUGUCUGUCUCAAGCCUAUAGUGGGGAGAGUCUGGUUAUCAUAGGUUUCUUUUCUGGUGAAAGUGACUAUUGUGUCUGUAGGGGUUCUGGAGUUCCACUGUGAGCAUACAGAAAUGUGCUGUAGGAAUCAGCUGGAUAAUAUUCUAACAUCUAAAAUGCUAAAAUGCAAUGUUUAUUUGUUCUUUUUUAAUUGUCUUUAAAAAAGUGCACUAUUAUUAAUGUUGUCUUCGAU